CACCCAGGCGGUGUCAGGAGCCGCGACCGCCCCCCCCCCGUCUCGGAGGUCGGAAUCGGCGGCCCUGCGAGUAGAAAGCGAGGGCGGCUGGGACGAGGCGCUUCCUCCCUUUAGGCCUCGCCCUGCGCGGCGGCUCCUCUGCUUGCAGGGCGGGGCUCUGGCGGGGCCGGGGGUUGGGGCGAGGCCCUCGGCCGGAAGGCGGAGCAGAGAGCAGCGCCGUGCGGAGUGGGAGAAGCGGGGCCGCCGGUCUGUCGCCGGCUUUGGUGCCUGAGGCGACGAUCCAGGAUAGGAAGCGAGGAGGAGGAGGAGGAUGGAGGCAGCCACGCAGGCGGCCCCCCGGUUCCAAGGCCGGCUCCGUGGGACGCUUUGGGGGCUCAGUUUCAGGCCCCCGAAGAGGAAAGCCAUACAAUGGAAGAGGAAUAGCUUCUCAUGUAUUACUUGCUUUUGUUCUGCGGAAAGUAGAAAGUUGUCUAAUACCUGAUUUAUGAUAAUCAAGAAGAACAAGAAUUUGGAAAUCAAGAUGAGAACCAACAAAGUUUACAAGCUUGUCAUACACAAGAAAGGCUUCGGAAGCAGCGAUGAUGAACUUAUGGUGAACCCCAAAGUAUUUCUUCAGAUCAAGUUGGGAGAUAUAGUGGAAAUAGCACACCCCAAUGAUGAAUACAGUCCACUCCUCCUGCAAGUGAAGUCGCUCAAGGAAGACUUACAGAAAGAAACCAUCAGUGUUGAUCAGACCGUUGCUCAGGUGUUUCGACUGAGGCCCUACCAGGAUGUCCAUGUGAACGUUGUGGACUCCAAGGAUGUGACUCUGGAUUUAGUGGAGCUGACGUUCAAGGACCAGUACAUCGGACGUGGGGAUAUGUGGCGCCUUAAGAAAAGCUUGGUUGGCACGUGUGCUUACAUCACUCAGAAAGUUGAAUAUGCAGGUAUUCGGGCUCAGGCAGGUGAACUGUGGGUCAAAAGUGAGAAAGUCACCUGUGGCUACAUCAGCGAGGAUACUCGGGUGGUGUUCCGCUCGACUUCAGCCAUGGUUUACAUCUUCAUCCAGAUGAGCUGUGAAAUGUGGGACUUCGACAUCUAUGGAGACCUUUACUUUGAGAAGGCCGUGAACGGCUUCCUCGCUGACCUUUUCACCAAGUGGAAGGAGAAGAACUGUAGCCACGAAGUGACCGUGAUUCUCUUUUCCCGGACCUUCUAUAGCGCCAAGUCAUUAAAUGAAUUCCCAGAGUUGCAUCGUUGCUCAGUCCAACAGAACCACGAAGGGCGCUUCUACGAAGACUUCUAUAAGGUUGUGGUUCAAAAUGAACGGCGAGAGGAAUGGACUUCUCUGCUUGUGACUAUUAAGAAGCUCUUCAUCCAGUACCCAGUUCUGGUGCGCCUGGAGAAGGCAGAGAAUUUCCCACCAGGAUACAACUCCACCUCUGCUCAAGGAAAUUAUUUGGAGGCCAUAAAUCUCUCGUUUAAUGUGUUUGACAAACAUUACAUCAACCGAAAUUUUGACCGGACAGGACAGAUGUCUGUGGUCAUCACGCCAGGGGUGGGUGUCUUUGAAGUGGACCGGCUUCUCAUGAUCUUGACCAAGCAACGGAUGAUAGACAAUGGGAUCGGGGUAGAUCUGGUGUGCAUGGGAGAACAGCCCCUGCACGCAGUGCCUCUUUUCAAGCUACACAAUCGCUGCAGUUCUGGGGAUCCUCGCUUGGGAGAUGAUUACAAUAUACCCCACUGGAUCAACCACAGUUUCUACACUUCCAAAAGUCAACUUCAAUGCAACAGUUUCACCCCACGGAUCAAACUGGCAGCUCGGAAGCCACAGAGUGAAAAGGCCAAAAGUAGCAGGGAAUCUUCCUUGGGAGCGCCUAAGGAGACCGAGAACGCACUUCCCAUUCAAGUUGACUACGAUGCCUAUGAUGCCCAGGUGUUCCAUCUGCCCGGCCCCUCCAGAGCCCCACGUUGCACCACCUUCAGCAGGCCUGUACGGGAGAGAGAGAGCCGGCCCUGGAAGACCUCCAGCUCCUACGAUGCCUCCUCCAGCCCCUCCAUGCAGAGUCGGCCCCUGCCCCCCGAAGAGGUUCGGAGCCAAGCUUCAGAUGACAGCUCUCUGGGGAGGAUCUCGGACAUCUUUGUGAUCCCCCGGCCCCACCUGCACCUGCAGUACGAAGUCAGCAGCUCUUUGGGCUACACCAGCAGCCGAGAUCACCUUGAGAACAUGUUGGAGGCUCAGCAGCGAGACUCAAGCGCCCCUGGAAGAUUUCACGUGGGGAGUGCCGAGUCCCGGCUGCACAUCCGCUCUGCCGGGGGCUACACACCACAGCGGGCACUGAUCAACCCCUUCGCCCCUUCCCGGAUGCCCAUGAAGCUCACGUCCAACAGGAGGCGCUGGAUGCACACGUUCCCCGUGGGUCCUUCUGGAGAAGCCAUCCAGAUCCAUCACCAGACCCGUCAGAACAUGGCCGAAAUGCAGGGCAGUGGGCAGCGGGACUGGACUCACUCCUCAGCUGAGCUGUUGGAACUUGCUUAUCACGAGGCGGCUGGCAGGCAUGGCAUUUCUAGGCAGUCAGAGGACAGCAGUUCCUGCUUGAGCUUCAGAGACAUGAAAGAUUAUCCAAACCAGCUAGCAGGCAGCCAAGAUCCAGCAAAGGCAGGAAUGAAUGCCCACACACCCAGCAAGGAGCUGCUGGAUGGCUCACCAGAUCCAAUUCUGACACUGUCUGCUCCCCCCAUAGUGCCAGGCUUCUGUUGUACUGUUGGGGUGGACUGGAAGUCUCUCACCACUCCGGCCUGUCUUCCCCUGACCACGGAUUACUUCCCGGACCGCCAGAGCCUCCGGAACGACUAUACUGAGGGCUGCUACGACCUCCUUCCUGAAGCGGACCUUGAGAGGAGGGACGAGGAAGGCCUGCUGAUGACAGCCCAGCAGGUCUUUGAGGAAUUCAUCUGCCAGCGUCUCAUGCAGGGCUACCAACUCAUUGUGCAGAGCAAGCCCCAGAAGCCAGCAGCGGUCCAGCCCCCCCUUAGCAGCAGCCCCCUGUACAGCAGAGGUCUUGUGUCACGCAAUCGACCUGAGGAGGAUGACCAGUACUGGCUGAGCAUGGGCCGGACCUUCCAUAAAGUGACUCUGAAGGACAAAAUCAUCACGGUCACUCGGUAUCUGCCAAAGUACCCGUAUGAAUCUGCCCAGAUCAAUUACACUUACAGUCUGUGUCCUUCCCACUCAGACUCAGAGUUUGUCUCUUGCUGGGUGGACUUUUCCCACGAGAGGCUAGAGGAAUAUAAGUGGAAUUACCUGGAUCAGUACAUCUGCUCGGCUGGUUCGGAAGAUUUCAGCCUGAUUGAGUCGCUCAAAUUCUGGCGGACACGUUUCCUGCUCCUGCCGGCCUGCAUCAGCGCCACCAAGCGCAUCAUGGAAGGUGAAGCCCACUGUGAUAUCUAUGGUGGCAAGGCUCGCUCUGACGAAGAGGAGUGGCAGCUCUUGGACGGCUUCAUUCGUUUUGUGGAAGGGCUGAACCGCAUCCGCAGGCGGCACCGUUCGGACCGGAUCCUCCGGAAAGGUCCUGCAAUGAAAGGCCUGCAGAUCACCAGCCCCCUUCCUGCCCCCUCUCUGGAACCUUCAGGGCCGCCUCCACUGGCCAAGAAGGGGACCUCCGCGCUCUCGGCUCUCUUAGAGAUGGAGGCCAGCCAAAGGAUAUUGGGGGAACAACAAGCCGCAGCCCUUGCUGGGAAGACCUCUGUCCAGCCAGCGGAGACUGGCAGCAUCGCCAUGACACCCACCUACCUGGACAGUCCACGGAAGGUCUCUGUCGAUCAGUCUGUCCCAGGAACCCUGGAAGGCAGCACUGCUAUCAACACAGCCCAGCCUAUAGACCGUAGCAGCAUCCAAGCCAGCUCUCUCCACGGAGGGGACCAGACCUCGGCCACUUCUGGUCCUUUGGAAAACAGCUCCCAGCCAUCCUCUGCCAGUUCCCUGACAUCUUCGUCUACUUUGCUGGAAAUCCUUGAAGCCAUGAAACAUCCCACCACAGGGAUCCAGCUGCUCUCUGAGCAGAAAGGCCUCUCCCCAACCUGCUUCAUCAGUGCAGAAGUCGUGCACUGGCUGGUGAACAUGGUGGAAGGGGUGCAGACGCAGGCCAUGGCCAUCGACAUCAUGCAGAAAAUGCUGGAGGAGCAGCUGAUAAUACAUGCUUCCGGAGAGGCACUUCGCACCUUUAUUUAUGGGUUUUAUUUCUAUAAGAUGGUGGAAGACAAGGAGCAAGAGCGAGGGGGGAUUCAGCAGCCCGCCCUGUGGCACACGGCGGCCAAGGACGAGUUCUCUGCCUUCCAGCGAAAGUGGUUUGAGGUGGCUUUUGUGGCGGAAGAGCUCCUUCAUUCGGACAUCCCAGCAUUCCUCCUGCCGUGGCUGCCCAGCCGCCCAGCCUCCUAUGCCAGCAGGCACAGCUCCUUCAGCCGCAGCUUUGGAGGACGGAGCCAGGCGGCGGCGUUACUGGCUGCCACAGUGCCAGAACAGCGGACGGUGACCCUGGACGUGGACAUAAACAACCGCACGGAUCGGCUGGAGUGGUGCAGCUGUUACUAUCACGGCAACUUCUCCCUCAGUGCCGCCUUUGAGAUCAAGCUGCACUGGAUGGCGGUGACGGCAGCUGUUCUCUUUGAGAUGGUCCAAGGCUGGCAUCGCAAAGCCACUUCCUGUGGGUUCCUGCUGGUCCCAGUCCUGGAAGGCCCGUUUGCGCUGCCCAGUUACUUGUACGGAGACCCCCUUCGAGCCCAGCUUUUCAUCCCACUCAGCAUCAGCUGCCUGCUGAAAGAGGGCAGUGAGCACCUCUUUGAUGGCUUUGAGCCAGAAACCUAUUGGGACCGGAUGCACCUUCUGCAGGAGGCCAUUGCACAAAGGUUUGGAUUCAUACAGGAUAAAUACUCGGCCUCUGCCUUCAACUUCCCUGCAGAGAACAAGCCCCAGUAUAUCCAUGUUACAGGCACGGUCUUCCUCCAGCUGCCGUACUCCAAGCGGAAGUUCUCCGGGCAGCAGCGCCGCCGACGCAACUCCACCAGCUCCUCCAACCAGAACGUCUUCUGCGAGGAGCGCAUUGGCUACAACUGGGCCUAUAACACCAUGCUGACCAAAACCUGGCGAUCCAGUGCCACUGGCGACGAGAGGUUUGCCGACCGGCUGCUGAAAGACUUCACGGACUUCUGCUGCAACAAGGAUGGCCGGCUCGUCUCCUUCUGGACGGGCUGCCUGGAGAAGAUGCAUGCCAGCGCGCCCUGAGGAACGGCUUCUGCAGCCGGGCAAAGCCAAACUCAGCCGGGAGCAGCCAAAGCCCUGUGGCAGGCCUGGCAUCUGAGUGAGCAACCAGGGCCUGCAAGGGCCAGACUGAGGUGGACGAAGAUCGGAGGGACCGAAAAAUAGCGGAGAGAAGUUUGUACUGGAAGGCCGAUGCCUGCCCCUGUGUGGCAGAUGCUAUGCAUAUAUAAAUAUGUAAAUAUAUAUAGUAUAAAUACGGAAUUCACAAUUCAAUCAAUAGGAAAGAACAUCCUUUCCCUCCCGUCCUUUGUAUUUUGAUAAGCCUGCAGCCUAUUUGAAAGGUAGGUAGAGAAAAGGAAGAGUGCACAAACGGCCACGGCUGAAAAGACCCUGGUGGAAAGGGAGACUUUAAAGAGGCUGGGUGGGAGAGAGCAAGGCGAAAGGAUCAGGGAAGCAGAAACGGCUUUCCAAGGAGAAGAAGGAUGGGAUCCCCUGCUGAAAGGUGAAGCCAGAGAGAGAAGCAGAAGGAAGCACCCUGGGCAUGCUUGGUCUGGUAGUUAAAGCACCGGGUUAGAAACCAGGAGCCGUGAGUUCAAGUCCUGCCUCAGGCAAGAAAACCAGCUGGGUGACUUUGAGCCAAUCACCAGGAGAUGGGGAGUUCUAGUCCAGCUUUAGGCAUCAAAAUCGGCUGGGUGACCUUCAGCCAGUGACUCUCAGCCCAGCCCCCCUCACAGGGUGAUGGUGGUUGUGGAGAAAAUGAGUAUUGAUAUGUUUGCCACCAUGAGUUAUUUGUAAAAAUUUCAUAAAGGUGGACUCUAAAAGAAAUACAUAAUAAAUAAACCUGGGCCUAAGUGUCUUCCAAAGUGAAGGCCUUGCCAGCCUCGAUAUUCCUGCUAGUUCAAGAAGAGAGCAAAGUCUGCCCUUCCCCCCACCCCCCAGACUCAGCCCAUUUCCCGAGAAGCCAUUCCAAGCUGCCAGAGGUGCAGGCAACAAAGCCAGGAGUCUGAGUGGGGAGGCAGGCAAGGACCUCUGCAGGCCUCCGGAAGGGCCGAGUCAGGGAAUUUGGCCAAGGAGGCCGCCUGCUUAUUUAUUUAUUCAAUUUGUAUGCUGCCAAUCUCUGGGAGCUGCCUGGGCAUUGGGCCGUUUGUCCAAGCGAAGGUGCUGUGGGAGGGCAGCCUUCCUCCCCCAAACCCUCUGGCUUUAUACCUCCAGCAUCCGUGGUGCCUUUUGGUACUUGCUGGUGUUAUCGGUCAUCUACCAGAGAGGGGUGUGUGUGUGUGUGUGUGUUUUCCCCACAAUCUCUACCUCCCUGGCAAAUAAAAGGAAUUUUCUUCAUCAGUGGGGUCUGCAGCUCCACUUCCUGGCCCUGACCAGAAGCAGGAAUCUCUUGCAAAGAUCUGUUGGGAAAUCAGGAGGAACCACAUCAUUAAGGACAAAGUUGUCGCCUGAACCAGACAAAGGAAGCUGGGCCUGGCCACGUGCGAGACCCCUCCCCAGAUCCCCCCAGCAAGGCAAAAGGAGCUGGCCAGCUUGUGAACCAACACAGCAAAGAUUUGGGGAGAGAAAAAGGGGUCCCUCCUGAAGCCCGCCCUGCUCGGAGUUGCCUUUGGAACAAGAUGGGGCAGCUCCUUGCCAGCCCAGCCACGGAGCAGGCAGGUAAGCGUGGCUGGGUGGCAGGUGUGAAAAAGGCAAAACCCUCCAUUGCAACCAGCAACGUUUGGCCACCGUCUUUCCCAGUUGCUGCCUACCAGCCGGUCGCCUAGACACGGGGGGCAGGGGGGAGAGAGCUUCAAGUCCGGCAGGGCGAGUGGGCCAGAGCUGCGCACCUCAGCUGGGAGUGGCAGGUAAUGGAACCCCAUGGGGCCCUUUCCCCACAGGCAGCACCAAGUUCAGGCCAGCGUUUCCUAAAGUCUGGCUAGUUGCCCACCCCUGGGUUAGGGUGGCACAGUUCCCCUGGGGGGCCUCUGCUGAAAAUUGGCCCUCAAAAAGGACUUUCCCCCCCCCUCCCAAUUCCCCGCCUUUACUGGGGAAAGGAUAGGAACCGAGUGACCCCUCUCGUUUUUAUAUCCUCACAUCUUAGAUUGAUGACUCCCUUUCCUGUCAGAUCCUUAAAAGUGAUACUGCCAAUCAAUCGGGAGAAGGGGGACACUUGGAUUCGAUUCACUAGCAUUGCCUGUGUCAACAGAUAUUUUACAACCUAUAUCCUGGCGCCAAAGAGCCCUGAGAUCCCCUUUACCUGCAGGAAUUUUUAUGAUAGCCAUGUGGGUUGUUUCACUUUAAAGGAUAAUGGUGGGAAUGCAUGUGUGUUCGGGUUCUCAGAGAAACUAGUAAAGAAAACAUCUUCACACUUGUAUAUUGACUAAAAUCUGCAUUCUGACUUAAAGGGAGGGGUCUCUACCACUUUAAUCCUACUGUCUUGCCUAAGGGUAUUCAGAUCUUGCUUUAGCUGGAUGGCUUUCACUUCUGCUUAAUAAAAGUUCUCUUGAACAA